GUAACUCGAUAAUUAAUCAAUACUUAGUUGUACAAUGGGGCGACCGGCUAGAAUAUUUCCUCGUUGGAGUGUAUCGCAAUUGUCGGCGGUAACGAGAGACAUUCGCGAUAAUCGCGAUCGACCGCGGGAAAUCGAGAUGGGCAAGCCAGGCCACACGGAGCAACUGACCAAUUGGAUCACCAACGUACGUCAGAAGAAGCUGAAGUGCCACAGGAGUCCGAAACGUGACUUCCGCAUGGAGGCCGUGCUGGCGCACACCCUACACAAGGCGGAGUACGAGCUGCGGGCUAAGCAGCUGUUGAGGAUAGCCCGUUGGCGACGGUUGAGAAAGCAGCUUCUCAAGGGCGUGGAGUACGGCAGCUGCGGCCAGUACAAUGCCGCUGAACGGGAGUUCGAGAGGUGCAGCCAACAUCCUGACUCGAGGGACGUCAAUUUCUGGCGGGAAAACUUAUGCGAGGACCUUAGCAGCAUAAUGGACUUCCUGCAACAGCUUAGCCAAGUGAAAUCGCCCGUGCAGCGGUGAUUAGGCUUGGAAGAUAGGAAGCUUCGUUUCCUCCUAUCGUUGAAACAUGUAUCUGUAGAUAUCUACAGUAGCAAAAGGCUCUCUUCGGUUCAAGUUUUUAUUCGAGUGAAGGAAGCUACGUCAGCAAAUGCUUUUGCCGUAUUAACUCCUAAUAGUGCACUUAAUCAACUGCAGCGCACUAUACAGUGAAUAUAUGAUCCACGGGUGAUGCGUCGAUAUUUCUGUCAACUGCUUUAUUUUCUCUCGCUCAGGCAAAACGGGAAAUGUUUGACUCGUGGAAUCUACUCUGGGCGGAGUCUACGUUCUAAUAUCGGCGACCUCGACAUAUUCAGAAGAUUGGCCAAAUAGUCCUGCAGUGUUGCGGCAAUCUUUGCAGUCUCAUCGUUACCCUGGUAUAUAUCUGGGUAUUUUUUAC